GGAACGUUGUUACAUGUCACGCCCCAAAACCCGAAUUCGCGACGCGACAAACACCGUGCACUCGUGAGAAGGUCCCACAAAUGCACAAGACUCGGAACUUAUCAUACCACAAUCUGAUGCCACCAAAAUCUCAAGGUCAAAUCUCUUGUAACUAACAAUCCAUUCAAUGAAUUUAUAAAAUCUCCAAUAAAAAUCCAAUUUACAAGAUCAUGAUCUAUAUCUAAAAUCUAUAUCUAUCUCGAAAUGGCUAGCCUUCUAACUCGUCACUUCCCGUGGUUUCCCCGUCUUCGAUUUCACUUCCUGAAAUGGUGAACAAGGAAAAACUAUGAAAUAAACUCAGUAAGUAAAAUAUGGAGUGCCUUUAUUAAAUUAAAUUUAUAGCAUGCCAACAAAUGCAAUUACGAAAAACGGAUAUAGUACGGGAACGAAAUAGACGUCUCCUCUAUAGGUCAUGGCCAGUGUUUAAACCUCCCACUAGCAGGCUACACUAUUGCUGGUGUUUAACCCCCACUAGCAGGGUCAUUCGGAUGAACCGGUUCUAUCAAUAACAUGUCGACAUGUGCUAGCGUUUAACCCCCACUAGCAGGAUCAUCGAUAACAUAACCACAUCGGAGACAAAACAGGCAGAAGUUAACAGAAAAUCAUUCUUUACAAAUAACUUUCAGAUCAUCAGGGCAGUUCAGUAAGUUCCAAAUAGGCAUGCUAAACUUCAGAAAAACAAUAAAAUUCUCAUUUUCAUUCUAGAAAAUAAUACUUUUCAUAAAAAUCAUCACAAUUUUCAUUUCAGUUAAAUCACACUCAGAUGCCGAUAAAAUCAAUUUAAACAUUGCCACCAUCUCAAAAACAAUUUAAAACAUGCUUUACAAUCGAAGGGCUCUACCAUAAUUUACUUACCUCGCUUGGCAUAAACAGGAAACUCGACCCCAGAGUUCUAAGCCACAACUGCACCUAGUGUUCCAAAUAAACAUGUUCAGACCUCGCUAGAAUAUUAACACAACAUCGCAAUUUAUGUCAAUCUCUCAUGACCGAACACCUCUAAUUUUAUUCUCAUAUAGAACUAAGCAUUUCAUCCACUUUAUUAUUGCCGGCAAAACCUCAAAAAUACAAUAUUCAUUUAUUU